AUGGGCCUUUUCGACAAACUCAAGGCCAGUCCUCGGCGUAGUCGACGCAGUGUGACCCCUGCGACCGAGCCGCCAACGCCGCCCCACUCUACCGGUCGCGAUGCGACCAGGAAGCUUCCCCGCGCUGUGCUGGUCCGCAUCUUCAGCUUUGUUUGCCCCCACGCAUUGGACGACUCCUAUGAUACCUCGGAGGAUUCUAUGACAGAUGGCUGCAUGCUCUGUGACAUGCGAGACCUCGCAAACUGCACUACGGUCUGCAGGCGCUGGUUCUCCGAAGCACACGCGCUCUUAUAUACGAAUGUUCGGAUUGAUCCUGUGCAUUACUGCGAGCUCGAAGUUCAACUAGCUGCCAAACGAAAGCGCCGCUCCUUUUUCGACCGAAAUGGCGAUCCCAUCGAUGCCCCGCAGGUCCGCCUCGAAUUGUUUAUGCGCUCUGUCCGUGAAUCGCGACACCUGGGGAAGUUGACCUUGUCUCUCCGAAUGCCGUAUAUGACUCGCGAGGCCAACAAGGCCACCAUUGCCCGGACGAUUUCCGUACUUCCUCACCUUCGUUAUGUCGAUCUCCCGACUGGUCUGUUCAGUGACGAGGGCUCGUGUGUGACAUUGAAGCAAGAGUUGAUGGCCUCCUGCCCCGAUCUUCGGCGCAUGAGCUACAAACAUGGCGCAGAGGGGAGUUUUGCACGACUACCUGAAGCACCACGCUGGAUCAAUCUUGAAAAACUGGAGCUAUCGGGCUUGCAUAUAGAAGCUGGAAUCCUUCGAACCGGCUUGGCAGCAUUCUCAAAGCUCAAGGACUUAACAUUGGAUGAUCUUCCGUGGCUCGAUGACUCGGCAUUUGCAGUGAAUUCUACUUUGCCUCCCUUCCCCGCCCUCGAACAGCUCACCAUCCGGGAUACGCCACAACUAACAGCGGAUGGACUGGUCGCAUUCUUCUCAUCCGCAACUAAUCGCAUUGCACUACAAGGAUUGACACUCGCAUGCACUGGUGUACUUCCAUCAACCCUGUACCAAGUUCUACAGGCAGCUCCACAUCUCCGCAGCCUUUCUAUCAUCCAGGAAGUAUCCCGAUCUUUCCCCGCCGAGAAGAUCCCUCCGUUAGCAUCACGAUCACUCCAGCUCCUGCACUACGAGAUCACCUCACAGACAGAGACUCACGGGCUCCCUCCCGCUGCCAACUCCUAUUACACAUACUUGAUUUCCUGUCUCAUGUCGCGCUGUCUCCCAGCCCUCCGCGAUUUAUACGUCCGCGACGCCCAAUUCCCCGAUACCCUGCUAUUGGCUCCCCCGCCUCGACUAUUCGGCGGUGGCGAAAAUGGCCCUCAGAUGAUGGGCGGACUCUCGCAACCUUUGAAUGUAUACAGUAAAGGCCUUGAUGAGCUCGAAUGGAACUUCACGCCCUACGAACCGGAUUCCGCGCUCGGCAAUAGAGGUACCACAACGCGUCCGGUGAGUUUCCAGGAGGCUCAACUGAGUCGGUCCUGGGGUGGAGAUUCUCGGAAGAGUGUACUGGUUGGAAAUGGAUUUGGCGGAUUCCUAGCUGUGCCGGAAGAUGGCGAGCGACCAAUGAGUAGUAGUGGGUACAAGCGAUCAAGUCGGCAGGACUUGUGGCGGUGA